CAAGUCUGAAAAAUAACCUGAAGUAUUUCAUGUACUAUAUAAUACUGUCUGGUAGCAGUUUAUUUAUUGUGUGUUGAGUGUGAACAAAGUCUAGUCUUGGACAUAACGUCAGUGCCUCGUAAUUAAAGUGUUUCUCCAUGGGUUCUCGUCUAAGACCUUAUAUGAGUGAUAAUGGACCUUUGAUCCUGGACGGUGGACUAGCAACUGAACUGGAAGCACAAGGAGCUAAUUUACAGGGAGAUCCGCUGUGGAGCGCCAGGCUUUUGCAUACUACUCCUCAGGCCAUACAAGAUGCUCAUUACAGGUUCCUCCUUAGUGGAGCUGAUGUCAUCACCACAGCUACAUACCAGGCAAGUAUUACAGGAUUCAUCACUCACCUGGACGUGAGCUCUGAAUGCGCCAGAGAGCUGCUGAUGUCUGGUGUUCAACUGGCCAAAGAGUCAGUGGAGAGAUUUGUCUCUGACAGUCGUCCGACAGGGCAGAGACAUCCCUUGGUGGCCGGCUCUGUUGGACCGUACGGGGCUUUUCUGCACAACGGCUCAGAGUACACUGGGUCUUAUGCAGAGGAGAUGAGUAUAGAGGAGCUUAAAGUUUGGCACCGGCCUCAGAUUGAUUGCUUAACAGCAGCAGGAGCUGAUCUCAUUGCUUUUGAGACAAUCCCAAGUCUGAAAGAGGCGGAGGCUCUGGUGGAGCUGCUGAGAGAGUUCCCGAGCUCUAAAGCCUGGCUCUCCUUCUCCUGUAAGGAUGGGAGGUGUAUAUCAGACGGCAGCCCCUUCACAGAUGCAGUGCAGAUGGCUCACAGAUGCACACAGCUGGUCGCUGUAGGAGUCAACUGCUGUUGUCCAGCCGUGGUGGAGCCGCUGCUGGAGUCUGCCGGGUCCCUGCUGAGCCCAGACAUGAGCUGGGUGGUGUACCCCAACAGUGGAGAAGACUGGGACACUGAGAGGGGGUGGUCAACACCAGUGAAAAAAUCAGCAUCGAUACCUGAGCUCAGUCGUACGUGGAUGAAGCGAGGAGCUGCUUUGAUCGGAGGUUGCUGCCGUAUUGGACCUGCACACAUAACAGAGUUACGACAGCAGUUAAAAGGAAGUUGCACGUCUCCAGCCUCUGCAGUGUGACUGGACGGAAAAUGUAAUGCUUGUUGUAAAGAAAGACGUCUGUUCCAGGAGCUUAUAAAAAUCUUAUUUUAUUGUAAAAUAAAUAAAUAAACCACUACAUCAAAUCCACGUGAGUACACAAAGACAUCUGUGUUGGGUCAGGGACAAAUGGCAGCACAAAGGUGCAAACAAAAGUGUGAGAACAGAUCUCGUCUGAAACUAAACCAUGCAGUCUUCACUUUCUGUGGUUCACAUUUUGUUUCCGGGUGAAUGAGGGAUUCCACGAUCAUCUUCUGUACAGCUCCUGUCUUUUUAAAAACUGGGAUCAUCUACACAACAGUCUCACUGUAGGUUUCACUAAGCACAACAAAAUGUCAGCUGCUUUCACAACACUUUGACUGGACGCUAUUUCCACUGAACUAACCACUGUACGUCAGGCGCAACACAAGCCCACUUACUGUACCUGUACAAUGAAGUGUGGAGCUGUGUGUGUUGUUAAACAGAAUUUACAGCAAAUGCAUCUUUGUCGUGUGUUUCCUAGACAGCACUAGUUGAAUGUAAUGUGCACUCUCACAGUAUCACUGCAGUCAGUUAAAGAUGAUAUGAUAUAAACAUACUUAAAUUCAGAGACACAUGUUUGUGAUUAGUAUUAAGAUGACAUGAAAAUAAUCCUGUGGUGUGACUAGAACAUGUAAGAACACCUAAACUACCACUUUUGGUUGAAAUACAUGGGUGGACAAAAUAAAAGAAACACCUUAUAGUGUGGUGGCCCUUUGAAGCUCACGUUGCCAAAAACCGUGUAAGUUUUGAUUCAGUCAACUUCGUGUUUGAGGCCAUAGUUCGACGUCUGCUGUCCCUCGUCAGUGAAGUUUUCUUCUGUUUGCAAUAUGUCAUCAUGAGUUUUGAGACUUAAAACAUUUGAAACUGAUGCUCAAGCAAUCCAGACAGCAACAUCUGUCCUCUGUGCGCCUGCAAAGGUGUCGCAUCGCUGCCUCGAAGGUCGACUUACAAAAACAGUAACAGUCAGAUCACGAUUAAAACUUGUUGCUCACCUCUAAAGAAUAAUCAAUUCAAUAUGGCUCACUUGUGUAGCUGCCUGUGUCACUGUGCUGGUGCAUCAGUCGCAGUCUAAUGACAUAAAUGUGCCAAAAGAAAAUCUUUCGAAAAUCGCGAGGACCAUCAAAGAGGAACAGUAGACCAAAACCACCCUCAAAAAAACACUGAACAACGCUACGGCCUCAAAGUGACAGUUGGGUUGAAUCUAAAUGUGACGUUAAUUCAGCAACAUUAAAGGAGAAGUCUGGUGAUAUUCUAUAUUUUUCUUGUUAUUAACAAAAUACCACAACUAACAAUGAAUGUAUCCAGCUAACGAGCAUUACAUGUGUAUGCAGAGCCUGGUGUCUCUGUAUCUAUUGUCCUAAUAUAUUGAAAACACAUCCGUGAGACGCGCUGUUGCACCGGUAUUAUGCUGCAGGAAAUCCUCACUAGAGCGCUGAUUGUGUAUUAAUCCACCGCAGAAAAUAGUCCCCUAAUAAAAUUCACAAUUUACUCCUCUUUGAAUAUUGUUUUUCUAAAAGCUACAGUGCCAAGCUGCGUUCGGACAUUAUUUAGCAUUUUUGUUAAAUGAAACUAUAUAUUUGUGAUACAUUUUUGAGGAUUUACGUCGUCGGUAGGAACCAGUGGGCUUGUGUAAGUGCUACAGACAGGGUAGAGGGGUCAGAGAGUACAGACAAGAGUGAAAUACAGAACAAUACCAGACUUAUUCUUCAAAUGUAUCUUAAGGC